AUCUCAAAAGUAAAAGAAAACCUCUCGUUUUCUUUCUCUCUCUCUAAAACACGAUUUCCAAUUUUCUUUCUCUAGAAAUGGGAACAGCAAUCCUUCGUUCCCACGAUUGCCUCCAAGGCCGGUUCCUCCACAACGAAGCCUUCGCGAUCGCCACGUCACGUGUUGCAUCGCGAAGAAACCCUAACUCUAACAACAAUAACCAUAAUAGCUUCGCCUCCUCCGCAAACCAGAAUUGCCGCCGGAAGCGGAGUCCGGUCACCGAUCGAGAGCGCCGUCGAUCGCCGCCGAAUCUCGUCACGGGACACGUUAAGAUCCUGAAGCGAGGCGAGAAAUUGAGCCUCCAGAAUAAAAACCAAAGACUCGCUGUUUCCGCGGAGAACGUUUUGGUGAAGAACGAUGUGGGCCUGGAUUUGUUAUUGGGUUCCACGGAUCGAUUGGGCCCGGGUCCAUUAACCGUGAAGAAGCAGAUUAGGGUUUCGGAUGCGAACAACAACGGCGUGUACGCGGGAUCGGCGUUCGUUUCGUCGCCGCACCCGAGUUCUGUUCCGGUGCCGGGAUUUCUAGUGCGGAACGGCGCCGCCACCAGCAAUCUUCGACGGUUGCUGCGACUCGAUUUGGAAUGAUGAUUAAUUCGAUUAUAUGAUUUCGGUGUUUGCAGAUUAUAUUGUGUACUUUGCAAUGAAUAGGGGUUGAUGGAUGAUGAUGAUGAUGAUUGCUCGUGUGGUCUCUGACGCGCUUCCUUUAUUUUUUCAAGAGGAUAGGCGCAGGGUGCGGGCGCGUGAAGAAAAAACGGAGAAAGCAACGUGUGAAGGUUUUUAGGGAUGGAGAUAUUGGUGUUACGGUUUCUGUAAGGGGGGUUAGAUAGGUAGGUAGUGAUGUCGUUAGUUUUAAAACGCUGUUAAAGACGGAAGGGUGGGGUAUAAGAAUAAGAAAUAGAAAUGUGGGUCUGGUAUAUGUGAAUCUAGAAUGUGUAGUUUGAUGGGGGUUUCGUAUGGUAGAAGAAAGUUUGAUGCGUUGUGUAUGUUUUAGGUGAUGUUGGUGUGAUGUUCAGUUCUUAUUAUCAUGCUCAUAAUGUGUAGUUGUGAAAACUUAUAUUAGUAAUACAACAAAGUUUCUGGUAUUAGCUUUA